CACGCGUCUAAUAAUUUCCUUCACAUGGCUGUAAAUCAGACGGAAUUGUCGCAGGUGAUGGCUGCCACUUUGUCGCCUGACGUUAAUGUUCGGCGACAAGCCGAGGAGAAACUAACGCAGGCUGAAUCUGCGGGCGGUGUGCUCACAUCCUCGUUGUUGCAAUUAACAGCCAAUGGUAAUGAACAAUUGCCUGUGCGACUGGCAAGUAGUAUAUACUUCAAAAACUUCAUCAAAAGGCAUUGGCCGGAAUCUCCUGAUGAGAAUGGUGGGAUCUCGGAGGAAAACCGCAACCUGAUUAAAUCACACCUCGUUGAUCUGAUGCUCUCUGUACCAGCACCCCUCAUGGCUCAGCUUCGGGAGAGCAUUAAAAUUAUCAGCGACCUUGAUUUCCCUGCUGGUUGGCCGACGCUCUUGCCAACCCUCGUACAGCGGCUGACAUGUGGUGAGGACCUCAACGAUGCCCAGUUCGGAGCGUUGGAGACCGCAGCCACUGUGUUUGACAAGUACCGGUAUCUGGGGAGAUCCAACGAAGUUUUGAGGGAAUUGCAGUAUAUUUUGAAGGAGUUUCAGGAGGUCCACUUGGCGCUCUAUAGGAGAAUAAUGCAAGAGAUUUUCUCUCCUGCAUUGAAGGAAGCAAGUCAAGCCACGAAAAGCGUGAAGUUGGCCAAACUCCUCGUUGUCGAGCUUGAGAUCUUCUAUGACCUCAAUGUUGUCGACAUCCCGGAGUAUUACGAAGACAACUCGGCCACUUGGUUCGAGGGAUUUCUGCGCUUGUUAGAAUGGCAGGAUGUGCCGGCUGCCCUCAAAGCACCGGAUGAUGAGACUCCCGGAUCAAUCGAGAAACUCAAAGCCCAAGUGUGCAGGAAUGUUGCUCUAUAUGCUGAUAAGUACCAAGAGCAAGUGGAACCGUACAUCUGCGGCGUAGUGAAAUCCGUAUGGACCUUGCUUGUUUCAACGAGUCCUAACGGGAGCAAUGAUCAGCUUGUAUCAGCAGGAAUUAAACUUUUAUCCAGUGCGGCUAGUACUAAAUGGACCAAAAGCCCCUUUGAAGAGGCGAAUUCUCUCCAAGCUAUCUGUGAGCACGUAGUUCUACCCAACAUCAAGCUCCGAGACUGUGAUGUUGAAGACUUCUUCGACAACCCCACUGAGUAUAUUAGGCGGGAUAUGGAGAGUGCAGAUCAGGAUACUCGACGACGGGCAGCAAUGGAACUGGUGAAAGGGCUCAGCAAGUUGUAUGAUCAGCAGGUGACGGAUAUCCUCGUCCGGUAUGUUCAAAUGCUCCUGCAAUCGGUUGGAUCUUCUACGACAGAAGAUGCUUGGAGAGCUAGGGAUGCCUGUGUGUACUUGAUUAUUGCAACUGCAACGAAGGCUCAGACGAGAAGCAAAGGAGUAUCGAUAGUCAACUCAGCUGUCGAUGUAUCCGCCUUCUUCGAGCAGCAGUUGUUGCCCGAGCUCUCACAAGCAAUACCUUCGGAAAGGGAGGCUAUUUGUGCCGCCUUCUUUAGGUAUAUCGCAGUAUUUCGACAUCACCUUCCUGCCGAGCAGCUUAGCCGUGCACUUCCGCUCAUAGCGAAUCAUAUUCGAACACCUGUUACUGUACUCCAUACAUACGCUGCUCACUGCUUGACUGUUCUCCUGCUUCUCAAAGGACCUAAUAAACAACACAAAAUACCUCUGGAAUCACUCAAACAGAAUAUACUGCCAACUGUCGAACCCUGUCUUCAAAUACUAGCUGCAGGCGGCAGCCAAUCUGCGUACGAGAUGAAACUCGUCAUGCCAAACCCCAGCGAUGCGGUUUUCAACCACUAUCUCUUCGAGGCGAUUGCUUCUAUUGUGCAUACUGUGCUGCAGUUUGCCCCUGCCCAACAUGGUGAGGUCGAAUCGGCGUUGCUACCUGUCAUCAGCUUCAUCCUGGAACAGAAUGUUGCGGACUUCAUUCCAUACUGUUUCCAAAUACUCGGUUUGCUUCUUGAUUCUGGAGACAGCUCUACCUCCGCAGCAGGACCGCAGAUAUAUGGCGCCUUGUUUGAUCGGUUACUCACUGAUAGCCUGUGGAGGACCGUCGCUAACGUACCUGGCUUGAUAAGGCUUUUAACCUCGUAUUUCAAAGAGAAUGCGCAGUUCGGGGAGCAGAUCACCCGUAACUUGCAGACUAUCCUCUUCCGAUUCCAAUAUGUUCUCAAUCAUCGGAAGAUCGAGAUGCAGGCAUUUGACCUUAUUGCAGCAAUGUUCCGGUAUCUGCCGUUUGGUGUUUAUAAGGACUCCUUAGCUAGUGUAUUCACGGUAUUCCUGACGAAGCUGCAGAAGAAAAGCACGGCUGCUUUGACUCGGAGAUUUGCGAUUACCCUCAGUGUGUUUGUAUACUGUGUCUCGGAUGGCACUAAGAUGUUGAUUACAACGCUGGAGCAGAUACAGGCUGGAUUGUCUGUUAUGGUUGUUAAGUCACUGUGGAUGCCUGCUUUUAAGGGGAAUAUGGGUAGCAAGGAGAACAAAAAGGUUUGCUUACUUUCUGCGGUCAAGUUCGUAAGUGACUCAACUGUCCAGAGUAAUGGAGAGAUGAUGCACGCCGUUCUCAUGGGCAUCUCUGAGCUCCUGGGCUUCAACGAACAAGAGCAGCAGCCGGGGAAUUCCUUGCUCAAUCCUAGGCUCAAUGAUGACGAAGAUGACGAUCAAGAUGAGGCCGAAGACCGAGAAUAUGAAGUUACCUUUGCAAGGCUCCAUUCCACCGAGUUGCCUGGGCAUGCUGAUUAUGCCCCUUCGGUAACAGACGUUCCUGGAAGUGUGAAGCAGGCCUUGCGUGGCCUGGAUGGUCGUCUCUUCGCUAAUCCUCCGCCAGAACUAGCGCGUCUGAGUACUUGGGUGAGGGGCUGAGCGGCUAUCGGAACUCGUGC